AUGUUUGGAAAUACAUAUAUGAAGGAUUCAAUGAUGGUCGGACUCUUCUUCGUUUUCAUCUCUUCGUCAAUAUGUUUAGCUGAAACACCUAAACCUCUGGAUGCAAUCAAUUUGCUGGCUGAGUGCGGAAGUCUCUGCUGGGCACAGGACAAGAAUAACACCAACCCCGACAAUAUCAACGUGGACCCCGAAUUGUUUGAUGAAAGUGUAUGCAAAUGUAUGCAGGUCUGCUUUGCGUCGAAAGCUAAAAAAGUGGACCAUGAGGUGAAACUUUCACCAGGACAGGUACAAAAGAUCAAAGUGUCGGCCUAUUGUGGACACAUUUGCUAUCCUAAGGAUAAGCAGUGCUUUAGUAAGAAGUCUUUGGAUUACUGUUAUGCCGGAUGUUUGGGAACUAUACUCCAGCCUAGACUCAAAGCGCAACAGCAGUUGGCCCAAAACAAUAACCAGACUCACGGACCAAAUCAGCCCCAGGGUUAG